AUGUCCCAGUCAUGCCCCUUCUGUAAGAUCGCCGCCGCCCACCCUCCAGUCGCCCCUUCGGCAUGUCUCCGAACAAGUCCCAUAGAGUGUGAAUCCUCAGCAUCAACGCCAAGGCCUAGCGUAGGCGAAGAUGGCCACGCCUUUCUUAUCCUGUCCACAAACCAUGUCCUAGCAUUUCUUGAUAUCAUGCCCCUAACGCGCGGCCAUGUGCUCGUUGUUCCGCGCCGACAUUAUGAGAAGAUCACUGAGGUGGGGGUCGGGGUUAGUCGGGAGCUCGGCACAUGGCUCCCAGUCCUCUCGCGUGCCAUUAUGAGGACCGUGUUUGGCGAAAGCGAGCAUGAGAGCUCAGCUACGGAGCCAAGCUGGAAUUGGAACAUCGUGCAGAACAAUGGAGCCGGGGCUGCCCAAGUUGUCCCGCACGUACAUUUCCACAUUGUGCCUCGGCCACCUCUAGGCGCGGCGGGGACAGCGGCCAAAAUGAGCUUUGUGAUGUUUGGGCGCGGGCAGAGGGAGGAUCUGGAUGAUGAGGGGGCGGAGAAGUUGGUUGGUGAGUUGAGGGAGGAGAUUGCGAUGGAAGUUAAGAGGGUAAGGGAAACAGAGGGGGUAGAUCUUGAGGAGGAGUUUAGGGUUGAGAGUCAGAGUGAGAAAGGGAGGUUAUAA